UAUUUGCAUAUUAGAGCAAUUCCAGCUGAAAGCAGGAUUGCAGAAACCAAUGAGAGUCCUCCUCGUCCUUAUGGGGAGAGUCUGAGGGCAGGAUCAAACCCUCACCCUUCUUCUAAAGAAGAGAAUUACUUCAUGACCCCUGCUGUGUCUGUCUUGACACUUUCAGUUCCCUCUUUGCAGAGGACAAACCAGCUGCUUGUUUUCUGAAACUCCUGUCUCUGCAGGUACAAAUUUAUCCCCUGGGCACCCUGGAGAUAUGAAUGACACCCGUGCCAAGACCAAUACCAGCAAUAUCAGCACUACUGUGGAACUGUUCCAACUCAUCAUGUACACCCCCACUUUCAUCCUGGGAUUGCUGUUCAAUGUGAUGGCUCUGUCCUUCCUGUUUUUUAAGGUUAAAAAGCUAUCAGAAUCUACAGUCUACAUGAUAGCCCUUAUUUUUCUGGAUACUUUGCUGCUGUUUACUCUUCCUUUUAAAAUAAUUUCCUACCACCUCCAGGACAACUGGAACUUGGGGUCUACCUUUUGCUCCACCUUGGAGAGUCUUUACUUUGUGAACAUGUAUGGCAGCAUCCUCAUCUCCCUCUGCAUCUGUGUCGACCGCUACCUCGCUAUCCAGCACCCUUUCACAGCUCCCUCCCUGCGAUCCACUAGGAAAGCUGCUGUGGUCUGUGCUGUCAUCUGCCUGGGCACCUCAAUCGGGACUGUCUCUACUUUCCAGCUGCAUGGAGAGGGCCACAAUAUCUCAUCCUGCUUCCAUAACUUCUCCAAGAGCACGUGGGAAAACACAGGUCUGUUCAGCACCUUGGAAACAACCUUCUUUGGCAGCAUGGCAGCCAUGACUUUCUGCACUGUUCAGACCAUCAGAUGUCUGAGAAAGCACAGAAAACCAGACAACCCCCAAACAGGUGCCACCAGAGCAGAGAAGAUAGUGGUGACAAACCUUUUGGCAUUUUUGGUCUGCUUCACACCUUAUCACGUGGUGUAUCUUCUGUACUUUUUGGUGAAGAAUAACAUCAUUCACACCAGUUUUCAGCAAGUGCUACGAGACAUUGUUCAGAUCACCCUUUGCUGGGCAAACCUGAACUGCUGUCUUGAUGGGGUGUGUUAUUACUUUGUUUUAAAGGAGUCCUUGGAUACAGCCACAAGAGCUACGCAAAAGCCUUGA